UUCCAAUCCAUGCAUUGCGUCGCGACGACGCAGCAAACAUUGCCGUGCGCGAGUAGACGAAGCCAGCCCGACCGAGGGAGCAUGGACGGACGGGAAUAUAUUAAGGCGGACAAGCCCUGGGCGCCAGGUGCGCGCGGCCGCUGCGUUUCUGCUUCCUCGUUGCAAUUAAGAGUUCCCUGCCCCUCCUGCAGCUGACCGCUCGUCAAAGGUCAGUUGGCCCUCUGCCGCUGAGGUCACAGGUCGUCCUUUGUCCUCCAGUCGUGGCUGUGCGUGCUCCCACCGCUGCACUGAGUGACUCGCGCUGUCUUGUCUGCCACCCCCCAAACCUGGAACCUCCCACCAACCAGGGCGGGGAGUCCGACGUCAUCGCCCCCCUCCUCGUGGCCUCCUUGGCUUCUACCGCCUGCUGCUGCGUGCCCUCGGAUUCUUCUUUGCACUGCUUGCUUCACCCUAGCACACGAUUUCUCCCCCACGCCAAAGGAUUCUGCUAGCUUUGGCACCGGCUAAGAGAAGGCGAGCCUUUUGUCCGAUCUGCGCAUCUAUCUCCCGGCUCGAGGUGCAAUUUUCGCUUUCUGCAGUGUGCGCUGUAUCCGUGCCACACACAUUCAUACGUUGUAGUCAGGCCUUCUCCUUCGGCAUCUUCCUCACCGUUGAGCCGAGGUCACAGUCAUGGCUGGCGAGCGCUGGGAUCGGGAUCGCUUCAUGUACGAACGAGACCGCGUCGAGGAUGACCGGUACUACAUGAGAGGCGGACGCAGCCGUGACCACUCCGAUGAGAGACACGACCGUCGCCGCUAUCACGAUGACGACCUUGUCCGCGACCGACGAUACUAUGAUGACGAACCGCGCUUUGAUCCAAGGCGAGAACGAGCACCGCCCGGCCCCGACUACGACCGCCGGGUUGUGAUGGAAAAGGAGCGCGACCGCGAAUAUUACCGAGAACCCUCUCCCCGGCGACCCGCCUUUCUCCGGCGUCAAUCGUCCCUAGACACCUUUGAUCGCCGGCCGCUCCGACGCAUCUACGAACCUCGUGAAGAAUACCCUCCCCCAGCUCGCCGCGAGGACAUUUACCGCGAGGAUUAUCGUGCGCCUCCUUACACACCUAUCCCUCUUCCUAAAACCCGGGCUCUGCCGCCCCCGAGACACUAUCGGGACCGCGGCUUCUACGACGAUAUCAAUGUGGUAGACCCCGAUCGGUAUGGCGACGACGAGUAUCGACCAUACCCCGAGCGGGUCCGCGAGCGGGAAAUGGUGCGGGAGCGGGAGCGGAGGGAUCGCAGUCGCGAGUCUCACUCCACCCGGACUCGAACUCAUCGCGGCAGCUCUCGCUCUUCCUCAACAACUAGUCGUUCAUCCAGCAGCGCCGGGGGGACCACGGUUCGGAGUGAGUAUCCGAAGAAGGGCAAGACCAAGAUUCCAGUAAAGCUCGUGUCCAAGCGUGCUUUGAUCGAUCUCGGCUACCCAUUCGUUGAAGAGGGGAACACAAUUAUCGUCCAAAAGGCACUUGGACAAGAUAACAUUGACGAAUUGCUCAAGUUGAGUGAGGAAUACAACAAAGCCGAGCUCGAGGUAGCCGCAGCGCGGUCGUCGGCUGGGGCCAUUGAGGAGCGCAAGGAGGAAUUCGUUAUCCCACCACCACCUGUUACCGUACCGGCGCCACCGCCGCCGCCUCCUCCUCAAGUGGUUGUUCCUCCGCCUCCCCCGGCUCCCGUGAUCGUUGAUGCAGCUCCGGCGGCACCCGCGGUUGAGAUCAUUGACAAGACCAAGACUGUCAUCCGCGAGGCCUCUCCCGCCAGAACUGUCACGACUUCUACAAGCUACGAUUCCUACCCACACCACCAUCACCACCACCACCAUCACGAUGAGCUUAUCGUCGGCCCAGUCGUGGAACGUUCUCGGUCUCGGUCUCGUUCCGGGCGGGACAUCCGAGCGGAGAUUCGUGCUCUCGAGCGAGAACUUGUCCAUCGCCCCAGAGCUGACCUUGGCGAGCGCGAAAUAAUCCGCACCGAGAGGCUGCCUGACGGUCAGCUAGUAGUCUACGAGGAGAAGGUGGAGAGGGAAGUUGCUGGCCCCAAGCCGCCGCGGAUUGAGAAGGACAAGAAAGGUAGGAUGUCCAUCAGCGUACCAAAAUAUCGAUAAGGUGCGCCCCCGUGUGCAGACAUCUAUCUGGCUUGUUGGACCGGCCGCUGAUUUGGCAUCACGCACGCAGGACCACCGCCUCGACUUGUCCGCGCAAUGUUGAGUACUCUCACCUAAGUGCUCGUUAGAGAGGAUGUAUUCGGUUUAUGGAGUUCUCGGACGCCUGGUGCGAAUAAGUACAGGGACGUAUGUUACAUAUGGCAGCAUAGGGUGGCGGAUAGGAGCACCGGAGGCACAAAUGACACCUUUGUCCACAAAGCCACCGACCGUCAAACAUAGGAGGAAUCGACCGAGGCAUAUAAGCUUGUUGAGCGGCAAGGGCAUCGGAGCCUCAAUAUCUGGACACACAACUAGGGUGGAGGAUUAUUCCAUGUCAUGUUGCACGGCAUAAGUAUUAUUUUGGAGUAAAUUCACGAUUAAUGACUCGUUUGCUCACUCAAGCCAGG